AUGUCACUAUCACCGAGGGUUGUCGUUCACGUCCAGACAGAUCCCGAGAAGGCAGUGAACUGGGUAGUGGAAAAUAUGCAGCCUGCUCAGCUCGAUGAUCUCUAUGGUGGUGGUGGUUCUAGAAGCGCCAGCCCCAACAAGAGAAAGAGGACGCAGAGCAGCACUCGCAACAACAGUGUCCACAACGAUGUCGGCCUCAGUCGUGACACUGAGAUUAACAUGCUAUACCAGCGGAUCACAGAGGACCACGAAGCCCAUGUACCUCAAAAGAGACGGAGGGACUUGGGCAUGUACAACUCGGAGCAAUGGGAACGCCGGGGAAGACCACGCAAGCGCCGCAGUUGGGGCACCGAGAACCCAGCUGCGACUGAUCAUGAGGACAGCGCAAGCCCCAUAUCUACGGAUGCGUUCCUGGGCCACGACUCGUUUACGACCGCCUCUCCUGUUGAACAGCAAGAGGAUCCGGAGCUCAGCAUGAAGAAGACUGAACCGUCCCCUGAUGACUCCUGCACAACCGUGGGUGUUGAUGGCCAGCUUUAA